AUGCUCAAUUCAACUGCCAAGCUGCUCGAACGACUCCUACUCUCCAGGCUAAAUCAACAUCUCGACUUGACCGGACAAAGAUCGGAAAAUCAGUACGGGUUCCGGCACGGGCGGUCAACGGAGGACGCCAUCCAGAGGGUCAUCUCCGCCGCCCGAGGAGCCGCCUCCGGCGCCACCCAACAUCGCGACCUCUGCGUGGCGGUGUCCCUCGACGUGUGCAACGCAUUCAACACCGUUCCCUGGCCGCGCAUCGACGCCGCCCUCAGAAGGAAAAACGUUCCCGCCUACAUAAACCGGACCGUUCGCUCGUAUCUCCAAGACAGAACCCUUCUCGUCGGCGAGGCGUUAACCGCACGCAGGACCACCUGCGGAGUCCCACAGGGCUCGGUCCUCGGACCGUCCCUGUGGAACGCGUUCUACGACGAACUGCUAGACAUCGAUAUGCCGCCCGGAGCGCAACUGCUCGCCUUCGCCGACGACGUGGCCGUCGUAGGAACGUCCCGGACCGGCCCGACCGCAACCGCCCUCCUGAAUCCGGUGCUGCAAACCGUCAGCACGUGGAUGCGCGACAACGGACUCGCAGUCGCGCCACAAAAAACCGAGGCCGUCGUCCUGACCGGGAAGUACGUCUUUACCGACCCAGCCCUACUCGUCGACGGGCACGCCGUCCCAGUGAAAAAGUCCAUACGAUACCUCGGCGUACAGCUGGACACACGGCUGUCCUUCACCGAGCACAUCGCGAACGCGUCAAAAAAGGCAACCAAAUCGGCCAACGCCAUCGGCAGGCUGAUGCCCAACCUAGGUGGACCGGCCCAGGCGAAACGGGCACUCCUGGGGUCGGUCACAAACAGCAAACUACUCUACGCCUCUACUGUCUGGGCCACAAUCGGCGUCAAGCGCGCCAAGAACAGGAACGCAAUGGCCCGCGCCCAGCGCGCCACCGCCCUGCGAACCAUAAGGGCUUACCGUACCGUCUCCGCCGACGCAUCUUCGCUCCUAUCUUCCAUGCUGCCGGCCGAUCUCCUGGCACACGAGAGGGCAAGAGUUAGCGAUCGGCUGAGCGACGCAGGCGAACACAGAACGAAGCAGGCGGUCAAGACCCGCGAGAGGGAGAUUUCAAUCGCAUCUUGGCAGUCCAGAUGGGAUCGGGCCGCACUCGCCCCCGGAGCCGUCGGACGCAGGUGGACCCACCGUCUACUGCCCAACGUAGCCCGCUGGCUGACCAAGCCCCCGAUGGACCUGACCUAUCACCUCACGCAGGCAUUAACCGCGCACGGAUGCUUCAGAAGCUACCUCUUAAGGUUCAACAGAGCAGAGGACAGCUACUGCUGCUACUGCAUGCACCCGGACGACACCGCCGAUCACACCCUGUUCGACUGCCCGAGGUGGGAGGACGAGCGCUCCACCUUGGUCAGGCUGCUCCGACGGCCCCCACGUCCCGCCGAUGUCGAGGAAAUCCUCUGCGGCCCCCGAUCAGACGAUCUACCAGAUGAUCCGGCGGCAAGACUCAGGAUACUAGAGCAGGCAAUGACCAACCGACGCGAACUCACCGGCAUGAUCGAGGCGAUUAUGGCCGCCAAAGAGGAGGACGAACGGGAGGAACAACGAUGA